UCCACAGACUCAACUGAAACCUGCGGGGAAAAGAAAAGUUAUAUUCGAACAUUCGCUAUGUAAAUGGCACUCUUUACUGCGUCCGAUAUCACAGCAAAGGGUCUAAUGCUUGGUAAAAAAAAAAACAAACGCCAAACUGCUGUCGGACAGCUGUUCUCCCAUUCUUUGUUACAGGACAGAAAGAGGAGUGUUUUUUCUCCCCCCCACCCCCUAUUUCCUCUCUUCUGGCGGAAGUAUCUCGCAGAGCUAAGGCCUCAUCCUUCCAAUGGCGACCGAAAACUGGCUGAAUAGAAAGCGGGAGCAACCAAGGAGGGGGUCAGAGCAGUGCAACUGAAAUUAAAUAAAUAUAUCAUACUAUCAGUAAUAAUAAGUUCGGCUAAAAAUAAUCCCACUCAACUAUGGCCGAUUCAGUGGCCAAAAAUCAAAAUGUUUCGCUCGUUGAAUCGGAGCUCUAUUACCUAAUUUCUCGUUAUUUAACGACUGGUCCCUGUCGGAAAGCGGCGGAGGUCCUGGUGAGUGAACUAGAAGAAUAUCAGCUUCUACCGAAAAGACUGGAUUGGGAAGGAAACGAACAUCCUAGAUCAUAUGAUGAUUUGGUGGCUGCAAACAGGCAUCUGGCACCGGACCACCUGCUGCAGAUAUGCAAGCAGAUUGGUCCAGCCCUGGACAAAGAGAUACCAUCCAGGGUGUCUGGUGUGCGCUCCCUACUGGGGACGGGGAGGCACUCUCUGCUCCGAACGAUUAAAGAUUGCCAACAGUUUCAUAGGAAAGGUCCAUUCUUCGCUGCACUCCAUAGGGGGCGACCACCAGAGUUGCCUUUGAGCUGUAGGGACCCAGCAAACAUAGUGGAGGUGUGCCGGGGAAGGGAGCUGACGGGAGUCCAGCGCUUCAGCUCCGUGAAUCCCGUCAGCAACUAUCUGCACAUGAAGAUGCAGAGGAGGAUUCUGGGGCACCUGUCAGCCGUGUAUUGCAUUGCUUUCGACCGGACUGGUCUCAGGAUUUUCACAGGGUCUGACGACUGCCUGGUGAAGAUCUGGUCCUCUUUUGAUGGGCGGCUCCACUCGACCCUGCGCGGGCACUCGGCGGAGAUCUCUGACCUGGCCGUAAACUUCGAGAACACUUUAAUAGCUGCCGGCAGCUGCGACAAAUCGAUCAGGGUGUGGUGCCUUCGCACCUGUGCUCCAGUGGCGGUUCUGCAGGGUCACAGCGGUUCCAUUACCUCCCUUCUGUUCUCUCCAUUUGCCAAGGGCUCCAAGAGAUACAUGGUAUCCACAGGGACAGAUGCGACCGUGUGCUUCUGGCAGUGGGACGCCAAUAAAAUCAAUUUCAGCGAUCGCCCACACAAGUUUACAGAAAGGCCUAGACCAGGGGUUCAGAUGAUCUGCUCUUCCUUCAGUGCCGGUGGCAUGUUCUUGGCAACGGGAAGCACAGACCAUGUUAUCCGGAUAUAUUACCUGGGAUGCGGCAACCCAGAGAAAAUGUCAGAACUGGACACCCACACGGACAAAGUCGACAGCAUCCAGUUUUGCCAUUCUGGGGAACGGUUCGUGAGCGGCAGCUGUGACGGUACAGCUCGGAUAUGGCGACUCCAGCACAACCAACAGUGGAGCAGUUGCUUGCUGGACAUGUCCACCACCCUCGCCGGCUCCCAGCCCCUGACAGAUGAAGAGACUUUCUUCAAGUCCAAAGUGACGAUGGUGUCUUGGGACCGGCAUGACAACGCGGUCAUCACCGCCGUCAAUAACCACCUGCUAAAAGUGUGGAAUUCAUUCACUGGGCAGCUGCUUCACAUUCUGAAAGGCCACGAGGCAGAGGUGUUCGUGCUGGAGCCCCAUCCGUCAGACCCCAGGAUCAUGCUGUCUGCCGGGCACGACGGGAACGUCUUCAUUUGGGACAUCACCAAGGGUGCCAAGACGCAGCACUACUUCAACAUGAUUGAGGGGCAGGGCCAUGGAGCCGUGUACGACUGCAAGUUCUCCCCUGAUGGCCAGCAUUUCGCUGGCACCGACUCUCACGGCCACUUGAUUGUGUUUGGGUUUGGCAGCUCUAAGCCGUAUGAGAAGCUUCCAGACCAAGUGUUCUUCCACACGGACUACCGGCCACUGAUCCGGGAUGCCAACGGCUUUGUGCUGGACGAACAGACGCAGCAGGCACCUCACCUCAUGCCACCGCCCUUCCUAGUCGACGUGGAUGGGAACCCCCAUCCGCCCCGCUACCAGAGAUUGGUCCCGGGAAGGGAGAAUUUUGCAGAUGAGCACCUGGUGCCCCAGCUGGGCUACGUCGCCACAAGUGAUGGGGAGGUGGUGGAACAGGUGAUUAGCCAGCAGACAAAUGAGCAAGAGGAAGCCAGGGCCCAACCCAGUGCCCUGGACCAAGCCAUCAGGCAGCUGCAGGAACAACAGAACCGGCAAGACCAUCCGGAUGCGGCAGGACUGCAUGCAGUGCCCGGAACCCCACGCAGAGCGUCUGUUGGCCCCGGCGCCGAGCUGCAGCUGUCCCCGGGCGUGGGCCUCCGGCGCAUUGGGCAGGUGGAGGGUGUGAGGCAGAUGCACCAGAACGCCCCACGCAGCCAGAUGGCCACCGAGCGGGAUUUACAGGCAUGGAGGCGCCGGGUUGUGGUGCCUGAGUUGCCGGCCAGCUCCUACAGUUUGCAGGAGGACUACAGAAUAUGCAAGGCGGAGGAGGAAAUGGUGCUAUACAGCACCAGGAAACGCAGGGCGACGCACGGGAGCUGCCGCGAUGACUCUGAUGAUGAGACGCCUUACGUCAAGCGACCACAGUCCCGCAAACAGCGGCAGAACCGGAACCGACGCGCCAUGACUGACCUGAUAGAGAUCUCUUGUGAGGAGGGGGAGGAGACGGCCAGCUCUGAGGCAAAUGACAUGGACAGUGACAUGAACUCCUCAAACUUAGAGGAGGAAUGGAACAGUGACAGCUCAAGCAGCCAUUCCUCCAGCGAGUACUCAGACUGGACUGCAGAUGCCGGCUUCAACCUGCAGCCGGCCACUCCCGUCUCAAGGAGACGUGGCCGACGGCGAGCUGUCGUCGUUAGCUCUGAGGAUGAAGAGGAGGAUGAGGAUGUCAUGGAUGUGGCUUGUGACGAAGAGGAGAAGACCCCCCAACGUCGCAAGCCGAAGAAGUCUAAGGACAAGACGCCGAGGUGUCCAAGUAACCGGCCAUCCAUGAACAGAGAAAUCUCCAACGAAUUCCGACCCUCUACAUGGAUCACAGAUGUGAUCCCGAGGAAGUCUCCCAUUGUCCCUCAGAUGGGAGAUGAGGUAAUCUACUUUCGACAAGGUCAUGAAGCCUACGUGGAGGCUGUGAGGAGAAGCAACCUGUAUGCUAUUAACCUGGACAAGCAGCCGUGGAAGAAGAUGCAUUUGAGGGACCAGGAGCUAGUUAAAGUAACCGGCAUCAAGUAUGAAGUGUGCCCGCCCACGUUGUGCUGCCUGAAGUUUUCUCUCAUCGACUACGGCACUGGAAAGCUUACAGACAAGUCGUUCUCCGUCAAAUAUCACGACAUGCCGGACGUGAUUGAUUUUCUCGUGCUGAAGCAAAGCUACGACGAGGCCCGACAACGAUCUUGGCAGCCGAUGGACAGAUUCCGUUCCAUCAUCGACGACGCCUGGUGGUUUGGGACCAUCGUGUGCCAGGAGCCCUAUCAACCUGAGUAUCCUGACAGCCAUUUUCAAUGCUUCAAAGUCAAGUGGGAUAAUGGAGAACAUGAAAAGCUCAGCCCCUGGGAUGUGGAGGCCAUUCCAGAGAAUGCCCAGCAGCCGGAGUCGGUGGGCGGAGGGGUCCCAGUGACAGCCGAGGAGAUGAGCGAACUCAUGUACAAGCCCCUGGAGGGGGAGUGGGGGGGCAGAGGCCGAGAUGAAGAGUGUGAGCGGAUUAUUGCUGGCAUCGGCCAGCUCAGUCAAGUCGACAUAGCAGCGCCUUUCUCUGGCCCUGUGGACCUCAUCCAGUAUCCCACAUACUGCACUGUGGUCGCCUACCCCACCGAUCUGGCCACUAUCAAGAUAAGGCUGAUGAAUAGAUUCUACAGGCGGAUAUCAGCCUUAGUGUGGGAUGUGAGGUAUAUUUUGCACAAUGCAAGAACCUUCAACGAGCCCAGCAGCAAAAUCGCCCACUCGGCCAAAGUGAUCACCGAGGCCCUCCUGAAAUUUAUCAGCAAAUCUGACUGCACUGACAUAAUGGAGAUCUACAAUGCUGUAGAAGACAUGGACUGUACUGACGAUGAGGAUCUGGAUGGUCCAGGUACCUCUUCUGCAUCCAGAGUGUUUCAGAGAACGAUGGAGGUUGUACCUGAUAAAGAUGCCUGGAAGGACCAGUGUAAAAGCUUGUUGGACUAUAUCUUUGAGUGUGAGGACUCCGAACAUUUCAGGCAACCCGUUAAUCCAAAUGAUUAUCCGGACUAUCUUGAUAUCAUUGAUACUCCAAUGGAUUUUGGUACCAUCAAGAGAACCCUGGAAGAAGACAGAUAUGACAACCCUAUAGAACUUUGCAAAGAUGCUAGGAUGAUCUUUGUUAACGCUAAAGUCUACACCCCAAACAAGCGUUCCAAGAUCUACAGCAUGACCCUGCGGCUCUCCGCAUUCUUUGAGGAUCGCAUCAGGGCGAUCAUAUCAGACUACAAGACCGCCGUGAAGAGCAGCCAGAAGCUGCGGCGCAGCCAGAGGUUCCGGAAGAAGACACAGCACCAGCAGCUAACCCCGACAUCCAGGGGCGAAGCUUCCAGUCAGUGGAAGGCGGCUGUAAAAACUCAGGAAAUGACGGAACCGUCGUCCAAGACGUGUCAGAAAUCUACCUCAACCAAAGUGUCUGCCACGGAGUGGUCCCGAGGGAGGCCCCGUCGCCGGAACAGCUUGUUGGCACGUUCUUCCUCUGAGGACUCUUCAGCAUCCUAUCACGGGUCCACCAAAGCUGCAUCAGAGUCCUCAGGAAGCAACAUAGAGUCCACGUCUGACUCUGAUGGCGAAAGUGCAUUGUCUUCAAGCAAUUCUGGGACGGACGAUUCUCAGCAGCCAGCCGUGCCCCGUUCUCAGCCUGGCGGCCGAGUGACCCGAAAGAGGAGUGCCGCAAAGCGGAAGAAGCGAGGUUCUGAGAGUGAAGGGGAACCCCAGGGGUCCCUCAGGGGAGAGGAAAGUGAAGAUAACAGACAGCCCUCCAUGUCCUCCUCUCGGCGUUAUCAGAUGAGGAGCACCAGGGUCACCAGGAAUAGUGUAGCUGCUGCAAAGAAAAAGGAAGGUAUCGCUCAAGUGAAUGGUCAUGCCAGGGUAUCCCGCCGGGAGAGGCGACCUCUCUCCUGCUCCGAAGUGGACCAGCUCGAAUCCGAUCCUCCCAAAGAGGUCGAGGCAGUCGGCCGGAGGCCUCUGACGAGGAAGACGGCGGCAGCAGCCGUCAGCAAGAUGAAGCUGAUGGGUGCUAGCGAGGAAGACGAGGGAUCUCCGUCCGAGGCAGAAGGCCGAAGGAAGGGCAGCCGGCGCCAGGCGGCCAGAGCCAGCAGGCGGAUGGUUGUGCUCGACAGCAGUUCGGAAUCUGAGGAGCAGGCAUCUGGACUGAACUCUCGGAGAACCAAGAAGUCAUUGGGCGCAUCUGAGGCAAGUGAAGAUAGUGGCACAAAGCGAUUCACUUCUCGCCGCCACCAAAUUGGGGAUGAGGCGAGACCCAGUAGCCGUAGAGCAGCCAAGCAAGCAGCUCUGAAGGACAAAUACGACACUGGGUCACGUGUUAAUGGCAACUGCAAGAAAGUGGAUGACUCUGAGAACAGAGAGAGUUCUUCUCCAGAAAGCGAACAGGAAAGAAAGAGGGAAGAUAGGAAAAGUCUUCAGUCUACCAGGAGGACUACUGCAACUGCUCUCAGUGUGACUGAUCUAGGGAGCGAGCAGGAGGAGGAGGAGGAGGAAAAUCCUUCUGGAAGCAGAGUACGCAGCUGCUUCACAAAUAGGAUGGAUACCCAGAGAAGUUCUGGGGAGGAGAGUGAAGAUCAAAGUCUCCAGAAGCAUUUUUAUCGUAAUGGGAAGAAGGUCAGUCAGUUUGAAUCUGCAUCAGGCAAUAAGUACUCUGACAGAAAGAAGAAAAAUCCAUCAGCAAGUCAGAGACGCGCAUCUUCCACAGACAUUGACAUUCAACACAAAUCUCAGAAAAAUUCCUCUGUUUUAAGAUCCGAAGAAUCAAAUGAUCAUCAAGGAAGGAGGAGGAGGAAACCAUUAGAAUCCGAGGAAGACUUUCAAGAUGAAAAGUCAAGUGAGACCCAAAAGUCCACCAGACAAAGACAAAGCAAGAAUGGGCCUAAAACAUGUAGUGACGAUUAUUCUGAUGCAGGUACUAAAGUGAAUGACUCUGUAUCUGAUGAGGAGGAUGACACAAAGGAUAAAAUGAAGGGAAAAGCAAAGAAAAGCCAGCCAGUGUCUUCUGAUGAAUCUUCGGAGAGCGAUGAGAGAACUUUUUCUGGCAGACGAACCCGUCUCCGCACUUUACCUAAAAAGAACUAUGUCGCAGAUGAUUCUGAGGAAGACUCUGAUGGCAGCAGGGAGAGACAGUCCGUAAAGAAAAGCGCCACGUCCGAGAGGAUGUGCCUCCGCGAGCAGGGCAAGGCUCGAAACGGAGGCUUGCAAAGUGCGCCUCCCUCCAAAAGCAAACGUGUACGCAUUUCAGAAUCGGAGGAUAAUGCCGACGACAGGAAGCAUGACUUGACCGACGUGGAAGAGGAUCCCCCAGUAGCAAAGAGGAAGAACGGCAUGCUGCAGAAAACCGGCACGCCAUCUCAGUCUGGAGAGGACGACGGAGAUGAGGUCAACGAUUCCGAACCACAGAGAUCUGUCAGCCCCGGGUUGCAGAAAAGGGGUUGUCGCAAACAGCAGCAAAACAGUGCAAGCUACAGCGGUAAUAAUGCCUCUGAUAGCGAUGAGAAAUCCUCUAGCUCAGAGUUUCUGUGCCUGAGCACAGGGUCCCGGAACAGUCCAAAGAGGCGAGGCGGGAGGAAGCGAAGGGAUGCCCAUGACAGUCCUGUCUUUCUGCCCCGGAAAAAGAGGCGGAAAUCGUCUGACACUGACAGCGACGACUCGGCCAGGAAGCCCACACGAUGCUCUCGGAUCAAGACACGCAACUGUGGGAAGCGGACCGUGACCUAUCAUGACAGCGAGUGAAGGACUGAUGUUGCUGACCAGCUGGACAGCCAACGCUAAUAAAAUCGAACUGACUAGCCAUGGGAAGGUAGUAGCACUGGAACUUUCGAAGCAAAAAUAAAAAUGCUGUGAAUCCGUUUAAUUCAGGGAUAUUUAUAUUUUCUGUGAAAACUUUUCAGUUGUAUGGAUCUGAAGCAUUUACCUACUGGCUUGACAAAGAUCCUAGCGGAAGUCCUGUCAUGUUCUGGGAUGGAGGGAAAUGAAGCAGCAUAUUGCUAACCUGCUUCUGUUUUGCUUCUAUGAUUUGGCCAACUUAAAAACUUGUGGGAAUGCAUUGCCAGCUUAGGUGCUAUUUUAAAAUACCUCUCUGAUUAAUCAUUUUGCUGGCUUGCACUAAAACACACACCGAUGAGGUAUUUCAUACACUAGUUUUUUGCAUUAGAAACUCAGGGGUCAACUAAGUUUACCUUUAGACUCUAACAUGCAGUUUUUCUUUCAUAUUUUUGAAAAGAUUAAAUGAGAGUAAAUAGUGGUCUGUAAAGGUGGCAGUUUCUAUUGAAGCACACACUGGCCUGAGCAAAUCCACUUCACCCCCCUAAACACUCCUUUCGUAAGCCACACAUAUUAUAUACUGUAAUUUUGUGAGGAAUACUGAAUGUGAGCCAAAAUGUACACGCGUGUUAUACUUUAUGUGUUUUUUUUCCCCCCUCCCCCUGAAUAUUUUGUAUGCAUUCUCAUGAAAUGGGCUGUAUAUAUGUGAUUUUUUUUUUUUGGUGGGAGGAUGUGAUUUGGGGAAUGUUCAUCCUGUAGCAAAGUAAUGACUAUUUAAUUAAAUUUGUGAGCUCGCAUUAUUUUUCAUUUAUAUACACUUAAAUAGCAAAAUUAGUUUUGAUUGGUACCCAUUUGCCAAGUACAGAAAACCAAAAAAGUACUUAUUGCAAAAUACUGUAAUUUCUCACAUUGGGAAGAUAUUUUAGUGUUCGGUGUAAUGUACUUUCAGUAUUAAAUUCCUUCUGAAAUAAACGGCAAUGUGCUUUUUAAAGCCAGUUGAAUCAAUGACGUUUCUCGUUUUAAAAAUGACGGUCUUUAUAUACAUUGUUACGUUAAACUUUGAGUUUCUGUUGGUAUCUCAUGCACUCUUUCUUAUGAACUGAUUCCCCAAAUUGUGCAUUUUGGUUGUAGAGUGAGCAAGGGAAGGGGAUUGGAUGCUGACUUUAUAGUGAAUAAAAUACAAGUAAAAGCAAA